AUGAAGGCAGCGACGAAACCAAUUUCGCAGAUAGAUUUUCCAAGGGUGUCAGUGUGUCAUUGCGAGCUGAGACAGUUUGCCUGCGGUUGGCCCCCAUUCGCAAGGAAUCAAGGACAGGUUUCAAAGCCUUACAUGCUGUUCCGUAUGUCCAGGUGGCCUCAGUUCACCGCUUGCUCAACUGCCCGUCUUUGGAAGCCGAGGUGCGGUUACAUGGCCAUGGCCAACGGCCUUACCCCGCAGGGCAUGCACAUCCGCAGAGCUGGGGAGACGAGGUGGCGCUACCUCGCCAGAAACGAGAAGGCUGAAAUUUCGGAAGGCGACCGCAUCUCCAUCCUCUUGGAGUCGCCCCCGGGCUCUGUGAAGCCGGCGCCGCAGCACGACCUGGAGGCGGAGCAGGCCACGUGCAUCCUUGGGUGCGACCUCCGACGCCCGGUGAACUGA